AUGGCAGACAGCUCUCAAAGUCUGAGCUACCAAAUUGGAGAAGCUAAAGGGCAAGCACAGGAGAAGGCGAGUAAUUUGAUGGACAAGGCAAGUGAUGCAGCCCAAUCAACCAAGGAAUCAAUACAAGAGGCAGGACAACAGAUGCAAGCCAAAGCGCAAGGUGCAGUUGAUGCUGUCAAAGAUGCCACUGACACGAAGAAAUGAAACUUUUCUAUUUCCGAAUAAGGAUUUAAAUUAAAUUCUCAUUUGGAUUAUAAUGUUUCACUUUUGUAUUUGGUUGGUUUCUU